AUGGCAAUCAAAUCUGUCUUGCGAGAUAGACUCCGUAGAAUUCUCACUUCAGAAUUAGAAGUGCAACGACAAGCACUUCGCCUAAUCAUCAAAGAUGAACGCAACACAUUACCUGUCCGUGUAAGAGCCCAGCUUGAACUUCAAAAAAUGCCAAGCUACUCUCAGCCAAGUGCUAUUAAAAAUCGGUGCAUCAUUGGUGGAAAGUCAAGAGGAUAUAUCUCCGAGUUUCGUAUGAGUCAAAUUGAGUUUAGACAGCAUGCACUGUGUGGAGAGCUGCCUGGAGUCAAAAAGGCUAUAUGGUGA